CUGGCUGCUCUCAAAAGCCAUCUUUGCAUUGUUCUCGGGCCGCCGCGCGCCGGGCAUCUCUUCCCCCGCUGCAGCCGCCGCUGUCUCCGGCUCCUUCCCCGGCCCAGCUCCGGCUCUGCCGCUCCCGGCUCCGCUCGCCGCCUUCCGCUCCCGCUCCCGCAGCGGCCGCGUGCCUGUGUGUGGGCUGCCCCCGCGCGUGGUAUCCUUCUGCCACCUGCGCCCCCGGCCGCCACCGACCCCUCGAGCAUCCCCCUCUCGUCCGGCAGCUGCCCCCGCCCCACCAUGUCGGACACCGCCGUGGACACCAGCUCCGAGAUCUCCACCAAGGACCUGAAAGAGAAGAAGGAGGCGGUGGAGGAGACGGAGAACGGCCGGGAUGCCCCAGCCAACGGCAACGCUAACGAGGAGAACGGAGAACAGGAAGCGGACAAUGAAGUAGACGAAGAGGAGGAAGAGGGUGGUGAAGAGGAGGAUGAAGAAGAAGAAGGAGACGGUGAGGAAGAAGAUGGAGAUGAGGACGAUGAAGCUGAGACAGCUACAGGCAAAAGGGCAGCUGAGGACGAUGAGGAGGAGGAUGUGGAUACCAAGAAGCAAAAGACCGAUGAGGAUGACUAGACAGCAAAAAAGAGAAAAAAGAAAAAAAAAGGGAAAAAUUUUAAAUUAAAAAAAAGAGAGAGAGAGAAAAGAAAAGGCCACAGUGACCUAUUGACCCUCAGCUUCCCGUCUCAGAAUCUAAACGUGGUCACCUUCGAGUAGAGAGGCCCGGCCCACCGGGCGCGCCAGCCACCACCCAUGCAGACGACACGCUCCUGACCGACCGCCACCAACCACCAAUGAGAAUUUCCAACAGGGGAGGAAAAAACCAGACCAAAACUUCCAAGGCCCUGCUUUUUUUCUUAAAAGUACUUUAAAAAGGAAAAUUUGUUUGUAUUUUUAUUUACAUUUUAUAUUUUUGUACAUAUUGUUAGGGGGGUCAGCCAUUUUUCCGUGAUCUCGGACGACCAAACAGCCUUUGACGUGUUCUCUGUCCUGCUUCUGACUUUACUUGUGGUGUGACCAUGUUCCUUACGAUCUCAAAGGAGAAAAAAAACCUUGUAAAAAAAGCAAAAAGAUGACAAAAAAUACAAUCUUAUUCCGAGCAUUCCAAUAACUUUUUUUUGUGUCUGUACUUAGCUGUACAAUAAAUAGUUGGUUUGUAUGAGAUGGUUAAAAGGCCAAAGAUAAAAGGUAUUUCUUUUUUUUCCUUUUUUUUCCUUUGUCUAUGAAGUUGCGCUUUUGGGGUUUUUUGUUUUGUUUUUUUUUGUUGGUUUUUUUUUUGUUUUGUUUAAAAAAUUUUUUUUGGCCUGUUUGAUGUAUGUGUGAAACAUGUUGUCCAACAAUAAACCGGAAUUUUAUUUUGCUGAGUUGUUCUAA